AAUGGCGACGAAAGGUGAGGAGGAAAAUCGUUAUCAAAGAAGAUCUGUUAGUUUCGAUAUGGGCCUAUACGCGGAGGCGAUGAAAUUGAACUAUGACGAGGAAAAAGAGUCAAAUUUCGAAAUUCUCAAUAGAAGAGUAAGUAAAAAACCUAAUUGGGAGCUCGCAGAGGAAAAGAGAAGUUCAACUGAUACGGAUGACAGUGAAGAUACCGAUUGUGAUGAUGUUUUUGAGCAUCUAGCAAAUAGGACAUGUGAUGAAUAUAUUGAGUACUCUACAUAUUCAUUUAGAUUAAAGUCAUUUGAUCUUCAGCCAAAGCCAAAAAAGAAACCAUACUUAAAAAAAAGCGAUGCUGCUCUUAUCGAGCAAUAUAACAUUAGAAUUAAAUUUGGUAUUGAAACUCUUGCGGAAGCUGGGUUUUUUUACGACCAGUUAGAAAGAUCUAUUAUAUGUUUCUCCUGUUCAAAACGAGCAUCAAGGAGAGCUUUAAGCGAUGACAUUUGGAGACAGCAUUUGGGUAAUUGUAAUUUUGCCAUAUAUUGGAAAGGAUAUAAAUUCUUUGCGGAUGAUAAUAGAUUAGAUGAUAUAAGAUAUGAGUUAGUUAUGAAAGACGACUAUUUAUAUGGCGUUAAAGAAGAAGAUAUGGAAAAUCCUGAAUAUCAAACAUUUGAAAAUCGUCUACGAACUUUUCGUACUUAUCCGCUUUGCGAAAAGAAAAUAAGUUUAGCGGAAGCUGGAUUUUUCUCAAGUUCUGGAGAUACAGCUACGUGUUUUUUUUGUGGUCUAGUUUUAAAAAAUUGGAGAAAAGCUAGUGAGCGUUCACCAUUGGAGUAUCACGCACAUUUUACUAAAUCAUGUUGCUAUAUAAUCGUUGUCGAAGGUAGACUUUUUCAUGAUUCAUGCCGGAAAGACAAAGAACUAGAUAGAGGACCGGAUGUAGUAGAAUAA